GUUUGUACAGUAAACAUGUCAAUUAAAAAUUGCAAAUCUGUCCCAAACUUCCCAGAUUUGACUUGCAGUUAAGCAAAAGUAUCAAGUCUUAUAGCAGCAGCAAGGGACAAGUAAAGUGGAAGUGGGAAAGACUCAGAACAUGUUCAGCAUUUAAAUAAUGUAGAUUACAGAGAUGCAGAUGUGGGAUAAGAUUAAUGUGUCAGUGGAGGAAUGGAGCUUUAAUAAUGAUAAUAAUAAUAAUAAUGAAACCCACUUCUAACACUGCAAUAUUUGCGCAGAGAAUAAGACAUUUUAAAUCCUAUGUUUUCGACGUUGAUCGUUUGUGUUUUUGCACAAUUUAUUCCGUGGUAUACACCCUCCGGCCACCAGGUGGCGGUAAAGCGCACAUCGCGUUGGUUUGUGAUCCUCCGGAGUCAGAAGCUGCAACAAGCACCUGGACCAAACUUGAGGAGUUGCGGAGUCUCUUUGACGGUUUAUUUUUUGCUUCAGCGCCAAGUCGCAUUUUAAAUGGAGACUUUGGACACCGGCUGCUGUCAGUGUAGUUUACUGAGCGUCUGUUUUUUUAAGCUUUACGUGACUUUGUAAGGGUAGUUAGCGGAGAAGCUAAGUUAGCUAACGGUGAGCGAACCCUGUAGAACCGAGGCUGACUAGAAACCAUCGACGCUAAACAACCUAAGUUAGUGAGCUAGUUAGCAGCGAAGUAAAACAACGUCGACUAGUUAACCGAGCUGGUUAGCUUCAUUCCACAAGGAGCAACUUAGGCAGCUCCUUUUCCGUAUAUGCAUUUGUUUAAAUAAUGACCUGAGACCCCCUCGCUGUGGGAUCGGCUCCGCGGAAUGAUUCACCCCCGGGUGUGAUGGGGCUUCUCAGAACCAUGAUGCCGGUCCAGUUCCAGCUCGCGGCGGUUCUGGUGUUUGCUCUCGCGAUGCUCUUCAUGGAGAACCAGAUCCAGAACCUGGAGGAGUCCAGAGCCAGACUCGAACGCACUAUCGCCCGACACGAGGUGGCCGAAGUGGAGCAGCGUCACAGCAAAGACGCCGCCGGGCGGGAACUGACGCCGCCGGCCGAGAGCGAAGACGCGGUCAUCAUCUACAACCGAGUGCCCAAGACGGCCAGCACGUCCUUCACCAACAUCGCCUACGACCUCUGCGGGAAGAACCGCUUCCACGUGCUGCACAUCAAUACGACCAAAAACAAUCCCGUCAUGUCUCUGCAAGACCAGGUGCGCUUUGUCAGGAAUGUCACCUCGUGGAGAGCGAUGAAGCCCGGCUUCUACCACGGCCACGUAGCUUAUCUGGACUUCUCAAAAUAUGGGGCUACGGAUACGCCCAUGUACAUAAAUGUGGUGCGAGACCCCGUGGAGCGCCUGGUGUCGUACUACUACUUCCUUCGCUUUGGAGACGACUACAGGCCCCGUCUACGGCGAAGGAAACAAGGGGACAAAAAGACCUUUGAUGAGUGCGUGUCGUCCGGCGGGUCCGACUGCGCCCCGGAGAAGCUCUGGCUUCAGAUCCCCUUUUUCUGCGGCCACCAUUCAGAGUGCUGGACGGCGGGCAGCCGCUGGGCCCUGGAGCGGGCCAAGUCCAACCUGCUGGACCGGUACCUGCUGGUCGGAGUCACCGAGGAGCUGGAGGAUUUCAUCAUGAUCCUGGAGGCGGCGCUGCCCCGCUUCUUCAAGGGCGCCACGGAGCUCUACAGGACGGGGAAGAAGUCCCACCUGCGAAAGACCAGGGACAAAAAGCCCCCCAGCAAGGAGACGAUCGCCAAGCUGCGGCAGUCGGACAUCUGGAAGAUCGAAAACGAGUUUUACGAGUACGCCCUCGAACAGUUUCAGUUUGUGCGCGCCCACGCCGUCCGGGAAAAAGACGGGGAGCUCCUCGUCCUGCCCGAGAGCUUCUUCUACGAGAAGAUCUACCCCAAAGCGAACCGACGAAAGGUCGCCGCGACAGAGACGCCGUGACACUCGAUCGCAAUGGCAGCCGGUUCAUCGAGCUUCCUCUCCUCGGUGCAGGAAGUCUUCCCGCGGCCUCUCGGCGGAAUGCGUCUCAUUAUAAUUGUUUUAUUGCGGGAGCAGCUGUUGGGAGAACUUGACGUGGAUAAACAGUCAGAACGGUGAGAAAGAAUUCAAACCCAGAUCGGGAGGGAAUGAGAAAAAAAUAGCAAAGCACCGAGAUGAAAGCCUCAAAGCUCGACUCGUUUGAACCCGUCGUGACGUGUGUGUUUCUCUGACGUGUGUUACCUGUGCACACUUUCCAUUUUCCAUUUUUGGUGCACACAUUGUUUAAAUGUUGAAAUUGUAAAAAAAAAAAAAAAAUCCGAGCUGUUUUUGUACAUAAUACUGUAUUAACGUGUUUUUGGACCAACUAGAAGCAAAAGUAACAAAGAAUGGACCGUUGCAUCCUUUAAGGGGCGUGACACGUUUUUCUAUUAUUUUUUUUCAUCCUUCUGCGAUGUUCUCUAUUUUCUGACUUGUUUACCAUCUCAUGAGUGCUGAUCGUCUUUUGAUGAAGCUGCUGACACGACUGCAGCAGAGUCCAGGUUACAGCGGUGGAGGUGAAGUGUGUGUGUGUGUGUGUGUCACACCUCAUUAACAACCAUGAAAACAAAAGUGCAUAACUU